AAUAAAAGCCCAGAGCUUGUCUUUAGAGCACAGAGUUCAAGAUUUACGAAUGUACUGUGCUUCGUUGCUAUCUAUUAGUGAUACAUAUGUAUGUAGCUCUCAAGUUAGAAUAUAGCUCAGUAGGUGUUUCAGUAGUGCAUAUAAGUGCAGUAUCUACAUACAUACAUAUGUAGUUGUUGUUUGCCAUCCAAUAAACAAGAUGUUGCUGUUGAGAUGCUGGAGAAGAACAGCCAGUACUGCUAGUAUGAGGGUCCCUGGGUCAUCAGGUCUCCAUGGCGAUCACUCUGCCUCCUCUGAUACAGAUACACAGGAGCAGAUCCACCAACUCAACCACAAGCUGCAGAAAGUUCAGUCUGAGAACUCAGCUCUGACUAGAGACAAGAAGAGACUAGAAACGCAACUGGAAGAAGAGAGAAAGAGAGCGAAAAACCUGAAUUUCUCCUUGCAAAGAAGGAAGCUGAGAUCCAGGAUGGAAGCGAAAGGCUAA